UUCUGUUUCCGAGGUUACCGUAUUUCUCUUUCGAAAGCCCAAGUUGAACCCCCCCCCGGCCUUUCGUGACAUUCAUCAGCAGUCGUAACAGCGAUGGGAGCCAACAACUCGUUGUCCAGCUGCUGCCAGCGCCCCAAGGUGGACACCGAUAACGAACAGACGGUGAGCAGAGCGACAAAGGUGUAGCUGUUGUUUUUUCCCACUGCGCGCAAGGCAUCCAUCAAGGUGGGCUGACCACACAGACGUCGUGUCUCCACCUCUCUGGCACCCAUGUGUUGUGUGUUCCCCCCUUCAUCCCUUUCCUCAGUACAAGUUCGAGAACGGUGAGGAAGGCGAGGUUGACGUGCCCCUGCAGGUCGACGAGCGGGCGGGGGCCGGCAAGAGGAAGGCCCGGCUCAAGUUUGUCGUCAACGGCGAUCCCGAUGACCCGUCGACGUGUACCUCAACAACUUCGUCAAGACGCACAAGGACAUCAACCUCACCGUGGCCAAGGUGGACAAGCCCAUGUACACACUCAACGGACAGGAGGCGUUUCUCACCGAGAAGGACGGCGUCGUCGUAAUUCGGGACGGAACCGCGUGGAAACCAUUCAUGGUCACCCUUAGUUCAGCACGACCCACCAGAGAGCCAGCCAGACACCCAUCCAUCCAUCCAUCCAUACACAAACCUGUGUCUGUGUGUGUUGGGGUCGGUCAGAAGUUCAUAGCUGAGGCUGUGUCAGGUGAGGGCGAGGUUCACGUGCCCCUGCAGGUCGACGAGCCAGCUCGAGAGGGCGGCCAGGGCGGAGAGGGAGGGAAGGUGGUGCAGCAGUGAAUUCACUCACACUAGCGAGGGCGUGAGUGGAUGCCGACUGGUCCGUCUCGGUCAGUCCCUUGUUUGUGGGUGGGUGUCAGUCUGGCUGCCAUGUGUGUGGUGUGAUGUGAUGCUGUGCCGUGCCGUGUAUUGUCGUUGGCUCGUCUGGCUGCACUGCAUGUCGCUCAUCUUCUUCUCGGCUAGCUUAGGCAACAAGACGUUAACCGAAUAGCACACAACAAACAGAGACAUGGUGGUGCCGCCGCUGGCCUCCUGCAUGUGCUUCUUCCACUCCAGCUCCCAAACCUGCCUGCCUGCACCACACACCCCUCGCAUGUAUAUGGCCACGUGCUGUAUCGUGUGCCUUUGUUGUUGGUCUGACCUUUUCUCCAUAAGCCCAUCCAUUCAUCCAUGCAGACAUCAAGGCGGAUUGGUCAUUCGGUCGUGGGUGUGGUGUGGUGCGCUAUGCCGCUGACCGUCCUGCGCGUCCAUGUCGUUUCCAUUGCCUAGAAAGGGAUCAUUACGUGUGCAAUGCAAGAACGUGUCUAUGAGUCUGUCCUGGUGA